AUAUAUAUAUAUAUAUAUAUAUACAGCAAAAAAAGAAGAUCUACUUUUUACUUGAAUGAACAGAGGGAAAGAUCCCAUUUCCAAAACACCAAAACCACCAUUAAAUUCCAGUUCAAAAACUCGAGACCCCACAUAAAGCUCUAGUCUUUUCCUCCAUUAAAACCCCCCCUCCCACCAAGAAUUCAGACAAGAACUAGAAAUUAAAAAAAAAAAAAAAUCUGGAAUUCUUUUAUUAGAUGUUCUUGCACAAACAAAACCCAUGAAGAAAUUCCACUGGCUGAGGCAAAUAGCAACCACGCAGCAAAGCAAGCUGGAGCGGCGGCUCUCGUUGGGGGAGUACAACAGGGCGAUUUCAUGGUCCAAGUACCUGGUUUCCUCCGGCGCGGAAAUCAAGGGCGGCGGCGAACAAGAGUGGAGUGCUGACAUGUCACAGCUGUACAUUGGUAAUAAAUUUGCAUCGGGUCGGCACAGCAGAAUAUACAGAGGUGUGUACAAGAGGAGAGAUGUUGCUAUUAAGCUGAUUAGUCAGCCUGAGGAAGAUGGUGAUUUGGCUGCUUUCUUGGAGAAACAGUUCACUUCUGAAGUUGCUAUUUUGUUUGGGUUAAGGCACCCUAAUAUCAUCUCUUUCAUCGCAGCGUGUAAGAAGCCCCCGGUAUUUUGCAUAAUCACAGAGUACUACCCGGGCGGGUCCCUCCGGAAAUACCUCCACCAGCAAGAACCCUAUUCGCUCCCACUAAACCUUGUACUAAAACUAUCGCUCGACAUUGCGCAUGGGAUGCAAUAUCUCCACGGUCGAGGGAUUCUUCACCGAGACCUAAAAUCGGAGAAUCUUUUGCUCGACGAAGAUAUGUGCGUGAAAGUGGCGGAUUUCGGAAUAUCCUGUUUGGAAUCUCAAUGCGGUAGCGCGAAGGGAUUUACGGGUACUUAUAGAUGGAUGGCUCCGGAGAUGAUUAAGGAGAAACACCACACGAAGAAAGUGGAUGUUUAUAGCUUCGGCCUCGUUUUGUGGGAGCUUUUGACUGCGUUGAUACCGUUCGAUGAUAUGACUCCCGAACAAGCUGCAUUUGCAGUGUGCCAAAAGGUAAAAAGAUAUUUUUCUUUUUACUUUCUUUUAAAACUAAUGCUUAUAAAUUAUUGUUAAGAUCAACCCAUUAACCCUAAUCCCAAAAUCCUCCCAAAUACUGUUAUAUCGAAUUGUUAAAAAGUUUGCCGUACUAUUAAAAUUUGCCGAAACCCCCCAUAUGAUGCAUUUUUUAGCCCUAGAUGAUGUGUUUUGUAGGGGUAGUUUGCUAAGAAAAUUAAAUCAUAUGUUUUUUAAUUUUUUUUUUUAAUUUUUUUUAAUUUUUUAUUAUUAUCUUGUAUUUAUAACAAAGGGUGUAAAUGAGUUGAGUCGGCUCGACAAAACCUCGAACUCCAAAUUUUCAAGCUCGAGCUUUCUGACGAGUCGAGCCCGAGCUCAUUCUUAGUUGUUCUUGAGCUCACG